AUGAUUUUCAAAUCUUUCGCCCUCUCGGCUCUUGCUGUCUUGUUUGCCGUAGCUCCCGCCCAGGCUGGUCCUGACUCGCACGACAAAUUCCAUCGCGAUGUUAUUCCCAGACACCGUCUUGCUGAAGCCCGUCAUGAGAUUGUUGCCCGGGAUGCCAUUUCCUCCAUCUGCACUCAGAACGAUAUCAUUACUACCACUUCUUUUAUUCUUUUCAAUAACCUUUGGGGUGAAGACCAGGCCACCAGUGGUUCGCAGUGCACCUACCUUGACGCUGAAGGUGACGGCUGGAUCGCUUGGCAGACUGCCUGGACCUGGGCCAGCGGCUCCACUAGCGUGAAGAGCUACGCCAAUGCCGUGCUGAAUAUUGGAGCUCGCCAGCUGAGCACCAUUUCCAGCAUCCCAACCACCUGGAACUGGAGCUACUCGGGUACUGACAUUGUCGCUGACGUCUCCUACGACAUCAUGCUGUCAACCGAAGACUCCACUACUGCUUCGCACUCGUACGAAAUCAUGAUCUGGCUUGCCUCCUUCAGCGCAGAACCCAUUGGAUAUUCUUCUGGUCCCAUUGCCUACCCCUCCAUCGGUGGCAUUACCUGGACUUUGUACCAGGGCACCAACGACUGGGAUGUGUUCAGCUUCGUUGCACCGGAGACAAUCGAAAACUUCUCAGGAGAUGUCAACGAUUUCUUCACCUACCUCAUUGACUACCAGGGAGUGUCUUCUUCCAACUACCUCCAGACUGUCGGUGCUGGCACUGAGCCCUUUGAUGGAACUGAUGCUUGGUUCACCACCACCCUCUACACUGCCUCACUCAGCUGA